AUGAGUGCUAAAUUAUUUACAAAAUCAAAGAGUAAUGAAUUACAAGUUGAAAUAGAACAAGCAUUUAAAAAAUCAAAACCAGUAGGUAGAAUAAAAAUUGUACUUAGGAAAUUAUUAGCAAAUAUUAUAUUGAAUAACAAUGAAAUGAUUAAUUUAAUGAAAGAUAUCAUACCAUUAAUGAAAAUAGAUGAUCUAGAAGUAAGAAAAUUGUGUUGCGAAUAUCUAGUCACAUAUGCAUUAAAUACAAGAGAUUCAAUGGAAGCAUUACCAUACCUAAGGCGAUUUAAAGAUGAAUCUUCACCAAUGUUAAGAGCAUUAGCAAUUAAAACAAUGACAUCAAUAAAUAUACCGGAUUUUGUAGAGUUAAGUUUAAGUUCAAUUCUGAGACUGUUACAAGAUAAAGAUCCAUAUGUACGAAGAACAGCUGCUUUUUCAGUUGCAAGAUUAUUUCAAUACACGGGAGAAAAAACUAAUUUAGUGGAAGAUUUAAAUUCAUUAUUAUAUGAUAAUGAUUCAAUGGUUGUUUCAGAAGCAUUAGCUGCAUUAAGUUAUAUAACAGAAAGAAGUAAAAAAUUAAAUUUAACAAUAGAUAAAAAUCAUUCAAUAAAAUUAAUAUCAUUAUUGAAAAAUGCAAAUGAAUGGCAACAAGUAUAUAUUUUGAAUUCAUUAAUGUCAUAUGUCCCUCAAAGUGAAAAUGAAGCAUUAGAUUUAAUUGAGAAUGUAUUACCAUCAUUACAACAUGAAAAUUCAUCAGUUGUGCUAAACACUAUAAAAGUUAUAAUAUACUAUAGUAAUUAUGCAAAAAAUCCUGAACUUCAUUUACCAAUACUACCAAAAAGAAUAGGAUCUUCAUUAAAUUCAUUACUUACAAAACCUUCAGAAACUCAAUUUUUAGUAUUGAGAAAUGUAAUAUUAUUAUUAUUGGGUAAAAAAUUUGCACAAUUUGAUAUUGAAACUUUUUAUUGUCGAUUUGAUGAUCCAAUAUAUGUUAAAGAUACAAAGUUAGAAAUCAUUUAUUUAUUAGCAAAUGAAGAUAAUAUAGAAUCAGUGUUGGAUGAACUUGAAGAAUAUGCCACUGAAGUUGAUGUAUCAAUGGCUAGAAAAGCAAUAAGAGCAUUUGGUAAUUUAGCUGUAAAAUUAGAAAAUGCAGCUGAUAGAUGUGUUGAAGUAUUGUGUGAUUUAAUAUCUACCGGAGUUACAUAUAUUGUACAAGAAGCUGCUAUAGUUAUUAAAAAUGUAUUAAGAAGAUAUCCUGGAAAAUAUAGUCAUGCAAUUGAUGAGUUAACUAAUUAUUGUCAUUUAUUUGAUGAACCAGACGCUAAAGCAGCUAUGAUAUGGAUGAUUGGACAAUAUGGUACUAACCCCAAAACUUGCUUAAAACAAUUUACAUAUAAAGAAGAUCCAGUUGAAGUUCAAUUAGCUAUGUUAACAGCAACAGUUAAAUAUUAUUUGAAUUUUCCUUUAGAAGGUGAAGAAAUGUUAUUAGAUAUAUUGAAAUGGGCAACUGAAACCACUGGAAAUCCAGAUGUUAGAGAUCGUGGGUUUAUAUAUUGGAGAUUAUUAUCAUCAGAAUUUAGUAGUUCACAAGAUGAAUUUCAAAAAAAUACAAAAGAUAUUAUAUUCAAUAUUGAUCCAAGUAUUACUUCAGAAAAUGAUAAUGUUAACCCGAAAAUAUUAGAAGAAUUAGAAUUAAAUUUUGGAUCCUUAGCUUCAAUAUAUUUAAAACCUGUAUCUAGUGUAUUUAGAACUGCAAAACCAAAAGAAUUACCUUGGGGUCCAACAUUACAAAAAAACAGUUCACUUGGCUAA